AUGGGAAGGGCAGCGUCUGGCUGGUUCAAAAACAGCAGGAGAGACGAUGGGAUGGAAGCUCUGAACCUGGCGGUUGCUGCAGCCCAAGCCAUAGCAGAAGAAAGAAGAAGCCAAAGCGGCAUUAGUCCUAUUGCAGUCCAGACCUCAAUAAAUAUAAAAACAGCAACUAAACCAGUGAUAGAUGGUUCCACACUAAGAACAGAAGAAAGACAAAGACUGGCCAGGGAGCGUAGAGAAGAACGGGAAAAGCAACAUGCUGCCAAAGAGACACAAAUCCUUGAAAAGGAGAGAAAAGCAAAACUCCAGUAUGAAAAACAGUUAGAAGAAAGGCAGCGAAAGCUAAAAGAACAGAAGCAGAAGGAGGAACAACGGAGGGCAGCAGUAGAAGAAAAGAGAAAACAAAAAAUAGAGGAGGAAAAGGAGCGAAACGAAGCACUUAUGCAUCGUACCUUGGAACGGAAUCAGCGUCUGGAAACACGACAGAAGAGAUGGUCAUGGGGAGGGUCUGUAACUCCAGAUUCAGAGAGCAAAACCGAACAACAGACUGCAGAUGAAGGUGGAACUGGUGCCAGCAAGCGGUCCACCUCCACAGCAAACCUCAAACAGACAGAAACUGUCAUGAAUAAACGGUUGUCAUCAUCUGCAGCGCUUUUAAAUGCUUCUGAUCGAAGUACCACAAAAAGAAGUGCCUCAUUAAACAGACUGAAUAACAAAGUUCCUCUACAUUCUCAGCAGUCAGCACUCAAAGGUUCACAGGUGGAACAGAAAGGAGGAACAGAAAAGAAGAGGAGCACAUCUUUGAAUAGAAUGAGUAGUAAACCCCAGUCCUCUCCAGAACUAGAAAAAGUGAAAAAGGAAGAAAAACCAGCUCGUCGCUCCCAGCUCAGUCCUCUGGACAGUAGCGUAAUCAGUCGCCUCCUCGCCCCCACACAGGCCUCCUUAGCUAGGAGUAAAAGUGCUGCUACAUUAUCGGCUGAUGGACAAGAUCCCUCAGACUCUCACCUCUGUCCUCGUUCAGCUUCAGCCAGUUCCAUCAAUUCCCCAGUCCCAACUCCUAAAGUGCCCGUGCGCAGUCGUAGCAUCGACAGGUUGAAGUCCUCUGUAUCUUCAUCUGAUGCAAGUUCACCAGAUUCAACCCAGAAGUUAGAAACAGAAAAACAGUCCCCAGGUUCCGGUUUAAGACGCCCUCCCUCGCCAUCUGUGUCUGCCCGUAGAAGAUCCCCUUCUCCUGCUAAUUUGGUGAAGCGUCCUCCAUCACCUUCUACCAUUAGACAAAAGACUCGUCCACCUUCGCCUAGUGUGUCAAAACAAAGACCACCAUCUCCUACUCUAGUCUCUAAACCAGCACCCAUCCAACGUCCACCUCUCACACCAGGUGUUAUAAACAUCACCAAAAAGAAAACUGAAGCAGAGAGCAAACCAAAGGAUAAGAGCACAGAAGGAAUAGGACAAGAACAAGGUGCUUCACCAGCCUUGGACAGGGAUGCGGUAGCAGCUAGCACAAAGACCAAAGAAGAAUCAGGUAGCAAAACAGUAGCAGGGACCACCACAGCUGAAGAAGCUGCUAAAAUCUUGGCAGAGAAACGACGUCUAGCACGGGAGCAAAGAGAGCGUGAAGACCAAGAAAGAAUUCAGAGACAGGAAGAGGAAAGAAUCAGAGAAGAAGAAAUGGCCAAGAGAGCAAUUGAGGAAAAAGCACGACGGGAGGAGGAGCUCCGCAAACAGGAGGAAGAAAAGAGACUGGCUUAUGAAGAACAACAACGACAAGCUGAAGAGGAGAGGAUCCGCAGAGAACAGGAAGAGCAGGAAAAACUUGUAGAGCUUCAACACCAGAGAGAAGAAGCUGAAGCAAAAGCUCAAGAAGAGGCUGAAAGACAGCGACUGGAAAGAGAGAGAAUUAUGCAGCAAAAUAUGCAGGAAAGGCUUGAAAGAAAAAAGAGAAUUGAGGAAAUAAUGAAAAGAACACGAAAAUCGGAUCAAAAUGAAUCCAAGUUGCAGAAUGAAGGGAAGUCUGUCUCCGAGGCUAUCGAGGGAGAGGAUAUUGAAGAGGAGGAAGAGUUGGGUCUUGAGAAGACUGAUCAGCCAGGAAAGCUAAAUGGCAUUGACUUACCCCAGGAAGUCAAGGCAGAGGGUUGUUUAGAGACUGCGCAGAGCUUGAUCUCUGCAGAGUCUGAGGAACAAGAUGUGUCAGCAUUGAAGGCCAGUGAAGUAUUUAUGAAUGGAGGCGAUUUGAAAAGUAACGAGGGGUCUCUGCUUGUUACUGAAUUAAAGGAUUCCAGCCAUCCUGCAAAAGAAAUGGUUAUCGAUGACUCGGUGAAGUUGGGUGUUAAUGAAGCUGAUCAUACAAUUGGACUUACUCAGAAUCUUAAUGGAAAAUCUGAUUCAUGGACUUUAGAGGAGUUUAUCGACAUUGGAGUACAUUCCAAGUCAACCAAACUGAGCUUAGACAGCAUCUCUGCUGGUAACUGUAAUCAAAACUUGAAUGAUGCUGCUACAAUACCUUCUAGUCCCAAAUUGGCUUUUGAGGAAGACGGUGCAGUGAAUUCAUUGACCAAACCUAUAGACGCUUCGUCAGGUAAUCCCAGCUGA